GGGCAGCAUGAGGGCGCUGACCCCGCGCUGGGGGUCUCUGGCGGCGCGGGCGGCGGGCGGGUGGUGGGGGCCGCCCGCUCCCCGUCGCGGCUGCAGCGGGUCGGCCGAGGCCGGCGGCCGUAAGCCCCUUCAGGAGUGGGCGCUGGCGGUCAGCCCGCGGGGGCGGCUGCGGGUGCGGCUGCCCUGCCAGGUGAGCGUCCGCCCGCUGGACCCGGAGCGCUACCCAGGCGCCGACCGAGUGCUGGUGGCCGUCAGCGGCGCCGGUGGCAGCCCCCCGCCCCGCGGGAGGCAGCGGGACCGCGUCCGGGUGGAGUACGACGAGGCGCUGGAGCAGAUGGCCAUCGAGGCGGAGGAUGUGGACAGCAAGGCCGCCGUGGACGUCAGGACGCCCGUGAAGUUCGAUUUGGAUAUCAAAACAUCAGGGACUGGCUGCGUGAAGAUUCAGAAAAUAGAAUGUGAUAACUGCAAAAUAGAAACAGAGAAGGGGACUAGUGUCUUGCAGUCAAUAAAGAGCCAUAAAAUUGAUAUACGGACAAAUGGUGGCAAAGUAAUUGGUCUUGGAACGCUUUAUGGAAAUACAGAUAUUCAUGCAACAGAGAAGGGUAGUGUGAAUAUAGAGAAGCUGCAGGGGACAUCCAUCAACAUAUCUACUGAAGAUGGGCUGCUGAAAACUAAGUAUCUCUAUGCAGAAUCAUCAUCUCUGUCUUCAGUAGCUGGUGAUAUUCUGCUGGGAAGUAUUCAUGGUAACACCAGCCUUCAGACCAAAACAGGGAGUAUCACAGUAGACUCAUCAGAUGGAAGUCUAAAAGCUUCUACGCAUCAUGGGACAAUAGAUGUUUAUGUCAGUCAAUUAAGAAAAGUGGAUCUGAAAUCCCAGAAAGGUUCAAUUACAGUCAAGGUACCUGCCUCUCUCAAAGCCUAUUUACAGUUAUCUGGAAGAAAAGUGGAUGUGAGCUCAGAGAUCAAGUUAAAAGAAACACAGAGUGCCUCCAAAGAGGAUCAUGUCACUCUAAGUGGUCACAUGAAUCAAAAGAAUGAAACAGACAAAUGGAUUAAGGCUGACACACAAAAUGGCAAAGUGUAUCUUAAAAGCCAAAGCUGGAUCCAGUCUGUCAAGCUGAAGAGUUCUUAAAGGUGAAAUCACCUGAAGAGAUUAAAUCAAGAAAUUGUAAGGGAACAUUCUGUAAAACUAUGAAACUUUUUUGAUGCAUAUUUUUAAUAUAAGAAAGAAACAAUAUUAAAAAUGAGGGUGUUUUAACCCAAGAUUUGCCCGUGACAGUGGCUGAUGCUUCACGGGUCUGGUUUACUUUCAGUGCCUUUUAGGAAUGACGAGUUCUUACAUGUUCAGAAUUAGUAUAACUUGACCCACUCACCACGUCAGUUUAAAAGCCAGUAACUUUCAAACAAAAGUUUGGAGCCAUCAUUGAAAAAAGUGUUUUCAACAUCUGGUAUUUGAGAAUACAAACAUUUACUUCUAAGAUGACACACUCUGUGAGAAAUUUUAUAUUUUUUAAUUGAAUGUCUCAGUACUGUGGGAAUUCUGCUAAUUUAUGCAAAGUGUAGCCAGUUUUCUUCAACCAAUUUAUUUGCACCGCAGAAAGGAUAAAACCACUUCCAGAACUGUAGUUCUUAUUUGGUCUUCUCCUUUGAUGCAUGUCCUGUGAGCAGAUGCUGUUUUAUCCGUGGGUACAGUAUGUUUUAAAUUACUUAUAUGAAAUGACAGAACUUGCUCCGUGUCAUCCUGACACUUCUGUGUGGAUAGAAAUAAGAGCUCUAGCUGUGUCUACCACUCUGUGUCAUCAAAGAAAAGCUUUUAAAAUAAAUAAUCAAAAGUGCAACGGAUUUGGCUGAUUUCAAGGAGGAAAGCUCCACUAACUGGACUUCAGGUAAGAGUCCACAUGAGCACUCCCCUAAAGUAAAAACUGCCAACGAAUGGAAGUAUUUGCCUAAUAAAUGAGAACUAGAAUCUUUUUAUUUGAUAUAUUUCCCCUGUCAGCCUCGCAUGAGGGGACUGCAAGCUCUUUGAGGCAGAAGGGCAGAAGAGAGAGAUGAGAGAAGCAUCUGUGCCCUGCACAUGGAUUUACAUGAUUUUUGUGGAGGAUUUUGUGUUACCGUAAUACAAACACACACAGGAAAGUACAUGGAGCUUUUAAAAGCCUUUCCCUACAUAUAUAUGGCACCGUAUAAAAGAAGUGCUGAAAUUUGUGUUUUAAAACUAAAACAUUGGACUUUGUGCCAACUGAGUGGAUGGAGAGUAGCAAUGAGGAAUUCAGAGUGUCAGCUCAGGUUUUAAGUUGUGUGUGUGUGUGUGUGUACUUUAGAUCAUAAUGGUACAUUAUGAAAUGAACGUCUCCUUUCUCACGGCCUUGCCCAAGAGGUAUAAUUGCCCUGGCUAAUGAACUUCAGUAGUCAUGGGCAGCAAUUUUGCUGUAAUUCAGGGUAGUUAAAACGCCACGUUCUGGUUCCUGUUGUGUGUACUGUGCGUUGGGUUGAGGUGGGUGCUGAUGUGUAUGGCAAAUUGUAUGGUUUUUUAAUAUAAACACUAAUAGAUAAAACAUUGCUAAUAUUAUUACUAAAAGAAAUGUUAUUACUAGUUAUUAGUAAUUUUUAUUAUGCUUUUAAAAGAUACAAAAUUAAUAGAUACAAAAUUAAUAAAUGUGCAAUGGUUAGAUUUCUUGAAAAAUCUUAAAAA